UGCUUCCAAUCUCUGAACAAAGACCACUUCAAGUCCAAUCAUCCAUGUCAAUCCAAACUCACACAGCGGUGCAAAAUUGAAUAAAUAAAUAAAUAAACACAACUAAUACUUAUUACUACUUUUUAAAAUAAUCAUACCCAUCACUAGUUUACAUGGAAAAGAAACAAACAAGAUCGUUUAAUUAAUACAGAGAUUCUAUGUCUUUGAAUAAAAAUUUUUCUGUCGGUAUUAAUAAUUGGGUUUAUCUUUUUCUUUCGACUAAUAGGAUGUUGUGGAUGCACUGUUUCUGAAUCAUGUAUAAGUAUUACGUGUAACUGUGAUCGACAUGUGAUCUGAUCUGAUCUCUGUUUCAAGAAUCAAUUCAAUUUCUUUGCUUAACCAGAUCUCCCUCUAAUUGUCUCAGUAUCAGCAACUCUCCAAUCACAAACUGGGUUUGUCUGUUUUUUUAAAUAAAGAUUAGAUUUUGUGAUUGGUUGAAGAUGGGGAGUCAGUGCUCUAAGUUCACGCCUUGUUGCUUGGAUUCACAGUUCAAGGCAGCAGCAGUUGUUGAAGUUUCUGAUGUUAUUGGAAAUGAAGGGAAGAGUGAGAUUGAUUACUUGCCUGAAUUCCGUGAGUUCACGUUCGAGCAGUUAAAGAAUGCAACUUCAGGUUUUGCAGUAGAAAAUAUAGUGUCUGAGCAUGGAGAAAAGGCUCCAAAUGUUGUUUAUAAAGGGAAGCUUGAAAAUCAGAGCAGAAUUGCUGUUAAGCGAUUUAAUAGAACGGCAUGGCCUGAUGCUCGUCAAUUUUUGGAGGAAGCAAGAUCUGUUGGUCAGCUCCGCAACCUUAGAUUGGCAAAUUUGCUUGGUUUUUGUUGCGAAGAUGAUGAGAGGCUACUUGUAGCAGAAUACUUACCCAAUGAGACACUUGCAAAACAUCUUUUCCAUUGGGAAACACAACCUAUGAAAUGGGCGAUGCGACUAAGGGUUGCUCUAUAUCUUGCAGAAGCUCUAGAAUACUGCACAAGUAAAGGGCGUGCCCUUUAUCAUGACCUUAAUGCUUACAGGAUUUUAUUUGAUGAAGAUGGUAAUCCAAGACUAUCAAGCUUCGGUUUGAUGAAAAAUAGCAGGGACGGAAAAAGUUAUAGUACUAAUCUAGCAUUUACUCCUCCUGAGUAUUUGAGAACUGGCAGAGUAACUCCUGAAAGUGUAAUAUAUAGCUUUGGCACUCUUUUGGUUGACCUUCUUAGCGGAAAGCAUAUACCUCCUAGCCAUGCCCUUGACUUGAUACGAGACAGAAAUCUUCAGAUGUUGACAGAUUCUUGCUUGGAAGGGCAGUUUUCUGCUGAUGAUGGGACUGAAUUGUUACGCUUAGCUUCUCGGUGUUUACAGUAUGAACUUCGAGAACGGCCAAGUUCAAAAUUGUUAGUGGCUGCUUUGACCCCUCUUCAGAAGGAAACUGAAGUGCCUUCCCAUGUGCUGAUGGGUAUCCCUCAUAGUGCUUCGCUUUCUCCUUUUUCCCCAUUUGGUGAGGCUUGCUCAAGAAAGGACCUUACAGCCAUACACGAAAUCUUAAACAGCAUUGGCUAUAAAGACGAUGAAGGAGUAGCAAAUGAGCUCUCAUUCCAAAUGUGGACUGACGAAAUGCAGGACACUUUGAAUUUUAAGAAAAGGGGUGAUUCUGCUUUUAAGCAGAAAGACUUUAGAGAUGCAAUUGAGUGUUAUACACAGUUCAUUGAUGCUGGAACUAUGGUUUCUCCGACUGUUUUUGCUCGGAGGAGCCUGUCAUUUCUUAUGAGUGAGAUGCCUCAAGAAGCUUUAAGUGAUGCAAUGCAAGCCCAAGUGAUUUCUCCAGUAUGGCACGUAGCAUCUUAUCUCCAGGCUGUUGCUCUUACCACACUGGGGAUGGAGAAUGAAGCACAAAUGGCACUCAAGGAAGGCACAAAUCUUGAAGCUGAAAAGAACUCAGCUUCUGAACAGAAGUGAAAAUGUAGAAUGCAUAUGAAUCUGGCAUUGAUAGGGGGGCACUGGUAGCUUUCAUUCAUUUCCAUAAUUUUAAAGUAAAGCAAGCAAAUUCUUGUAAGUUUGAUCAAUUAUGUAUUCGAGGUUCCAAAAUUUUUCCUGCUCUUCCUUCGAUUUAAAACAGGGGAAUUUUUGUUUUAUUUAUUUUUGGCAAGUGAAUUGGUGGGAGGCAAAGAAUAUUAGUAAGAUUGUAAUUUCUGUA